UACGCAAUACCGAGUCGCGUGUUCCUUCAUCAACUACGUCUGAUCAGAAAUUUCUAGAACUGUCAAACGUUGUUAAAUAAACGUCGUACCUAUUUCUUCUCAAUAAAAUUAGCCAAGAAAAAUGCCACGACGAGGACGAUCAGCAUCACCAUCACCAAGGUCCGCACCAGCUCCUAGGACCAAUCUCCCCGCGAGAGCACCACCUGCGGCUGCGGCGCAUCCACCAAGCCAUCCCCCUGCGAUGGCAACGCCCGCACCUCAACAACCGAGUCUCUUCGGACAAAUGGCAGCGACCGCUGGAGGUGUAGCCAUCGGUUCGGCGAUCGGUCACACCGUUGGUCAUGCCAUGACCGGAAUGUUUAGCGGUGGCGGCGGCAACGAACCCGCGCAGGCUCCACAACAAGCAGCUCCAGCAUCCGCUCAGCCUCAACAGAACUUAGACGAGACAGGUCCCUGCGCUUGGGAAAUAAAACAGUUUCUACAGUGCGCUAGUAAUCAGUCCGAUUUAACACUCUGCCAGGGAUUCAACGAAGCCAUGCAACAGUGCAAGAUACGAAACCAUAUGGCUUAGGUGCGAUUACGGUGCCAGCUAGUUUAUCAAAUUAGUCCUUUAGUAAAUUGGAAUGCGAUAACGUGGAAGGUUUCGUUUAUGUAAAGGUAUUGCUCCAUGCUUUUUGUAUAGAGUAGUUCAAAAAAUUUGUGUAGUUAUAAAUAACAAAAAAUAAAAUUUAAAUGAGAACAAU